CUAAUCUCUGCAGCUAGCUCACUGAUCUACCUACACAUGCCAAGCUUGAGCCACUGUAACUCCUUAGUAUUAUUAACGGUCCUUGAUAAGCAGCUGCACCAUCAUCAGCUCUCUGCCAUCUCCAAUAUGAGGAUUUGCAGGGCCCCGAGCUGCCGAAGAAGGCGGUGACGGCGUUCAAGAGCAAGACCGACGAUCUGCGCACUAAGCUCGCCAUCCUCGCCUCGCUCCGCCGAAGGAUGGCGAUGAUCGGUGCGAUGUCUCGCAGGAUCCACGCGCUCGUGUCGUCGGACCGGGAGAAGCAGGCCAGGUUGGAGUACGGCGAUAAGGCUCUCGUACUGCACGAGGCGAUGGCGGCGAGCCAGGAGCCAGCUGCUGCGGAUCAUGGACGUGAUGGCAUGGUUGAUCUCUCUGAGGUGGCUAUAUUCGAUGAAGAUGACCAUGGCUACCCUGGCUGGACUCACUCGCUGUUCGGCGACGACAAUUGUUACAACUACGAGGAUGAUCAUGACGAACAUGAUGAUCACGGUCUUCUUGAUGCGCUCGAUGAGCCCUCGGUCAUCGAGAUCAUCAGGAGCAACCGGGAGGUUGAAGGUUUGGAGUUCAACAUGGAUGAUGAGAUUGAUCAGGCUUGUGACAUGUUCAUAAGGAGGUUCCGGAAGCGGAUGAACAGUAGAUUGUAGUGAUCUUGUGUUUAAUGCUCGAUGUAAGGAUGAAAGAGAGUGCUAAGUACUGACAACUUGAGUGACUAUAUAAAGUGGGUGAGAUGUAUACUAAAAUAUAGUAACACCUUGGGAUGA